AUGUUAAAUAUAUUUAAAUCAACUCGAAAAACUCACCCAAUUUUAAAAAUUAUCAAUCAUUCAUUAAUUGACUUACCUUCACCAUCUAAUAUUUCAAUAUGAUGAAAUUUUGGUUCUUUACUUGCUUUAUGUUUAAUAACUCAAAUUUUAACAGGAUUAUUUUUAACAAUAUAUUAUACUGCUAAUAUUGAUAUAGCGUUUUAUAGAGUAAAUUAUAUUUGUCGAAAUGUAAAUUAUGGAUGAUUGAUUCGAACUUUUCAUGCUAAUGGAGCAUCUUUUUUCUUUAUCUGUAUUUAUAUUCAUAUUGGACGAGGAAUUUAUUAUGAAUCUUUUAAUUUAAAAAUAACAUGAUUUAUAGGAAUUAUUAUUUUAUUAAUAUUAAUAGCAACAGCAUUUAUAGGUUAUGUUUUACCUUGAGGACAAAUAUCAUUUUGAGGUGCAACAGUAAUUACUAAUCUUUUAUCGGCAAUCCCUUAUUUAGGUAAUAUAUUAGUAAAUUGAAUUUGAGGGGGAUUUGCAGUAGAUAAUGCUACUUUAACUCGAUUUUAUACAUUUCAUUUUUUAUUACCUUUUAUUAUUCUUAUAUUAACUAUAAUCCAUUUAUUAUUUUUACAUCAAACAGGAUCAAAUAAUCCUUUAGGAUUAAAUAGUAAUUUAGACAAAAUUCCUUUUCAUCCAUUUUUUACUUUCAAAGAUUUAAUUGGAUUCAUUAUUAUAAUUUUUCUACUAACAAUAUUAACCUUAAUUAAUCCUUAUUUAUUAGGAGAUCCAGAUAACUUUAUUCCUGCUAAUCCUUUAGUCACACCUAUUCAUAUUCAACCUGAAUGAUAUUUCCUCUUUGCUUAUGCAAUUUUACGAUCCAUUCCUAAUAAAUUAGGUGGUGUAAUUGCUUUAUUAAUAUCAAUUUUAAUUUUAAUUAUUUUACCUUUAACAUUUAAUAAAAAAAUUCAAGGUUUACAAUUUUAUCCAUUAAAUCAAUUAUUAUUUUGAAUAUUUAUUAAUUUAGUUAUUUUAUUAACUUGAAUUGGGGCACGGCCUGUAGAAAUUCCUUAUAUUAUAACAGGCCAAAUUUUAACAAUCUUAUACUUUAGAUAUUUUAUUAUUAAUCCAUUAUUAAGAAAAUAUUGAGAUAAAUUAAUUUUUAAUCAUAAUUAA